AUGGGCUUAUUCCUGCAGCAUGUAUCUCCAAAGUUCCUACCCGUAGCCUCACCCAAUUCUCUUACAGCGAAACUCACGACCGGACACAAGAAGCCAUGGAUGCCCAUCCCUCGAACUCAGGGACUCAUUCAUCCUUUACCCAAUCAUCGCCCGGUAUUCUUCAACAUUCUUACCCUUGAGCAUCGCACAGCCAUGAACGAGCACGGACAGAUACCUAACAUCUACUCGGGCAGCAACGCCUUUCCAAGCCUUCCCGACAAUAACCUUACCAUUGGCUGGGCCAUGGACGACCAGCCGGACGCUAUGCAGGACAUACCGCCAAUCACCCAAUCUUCACUCGCACAGUCGAGUGUAGAAGGUUGUGCGCAUAAACCAAUCAACACCUCGCUUGCACCUACCUGCAUCGAGUGUCACGGCAUAUUUCCGAACCACACGCAGCUAAGCAAGCAUGCAAAAGACGCAUCUCAUAAACCAUACGGUUGUACCUGUAGAGCUAAAUUUGGUCGACCGGACGCCCUCACACGACACGUUGAUACUCAGUCCAGCAAUAUUCCCCAGUACCCCUGUGAAUACUGCAAGCGCCAUCAGGGGGCAAAAGGCUUUCACCGUCUUGACCACCUGGUACAGCACUUGAAAGGCUUCCACAGAAUCGACACUGAAGACAAGCUACCGAAGCAGAGGACAGGAGGCCCUACUGUUGCUGUCACUUCCGUGGCUGGAGGAUCAGCUGUCACCAACGAAGAAAACGGGAGCUUUGUUUCGCUGCCUCAGAUCCCCCCCUUCCCUUGCACCGUCAUUGGUUGUAUCAAGGGGGGUGCAGAUGGCUAUCUUCGGGAGAUAGACCUCCUCGAGCAUCAGAACAUGAUGCAUGCAUUCAUGGUCCAGGGUGACAUGCAGUUCUAUCACCAAGAUGGUUCUUCCCAGUUCCACUUCUAAGAGAUCAUGAUUCGGGCUUGCAGAACGGAUUUGGAAUUUGAGACUACCCUGGGGAAUGACUACAAUUGGCGAACAUUCGUUUACUUUAGAGUAAUGAAGUGGAUGGACAUGACAGCUACGGUAACACUACACUCUUUAUACUCAAAGGCAACCUCAAUAUAACGUCUUGAUAUAUAUAUAUGCUACUCUUACAAUGUGCUAAAGCUUAGUUCUAUGAAGCUGUGUCCAGCGAAUAGUAUAUACCGGAACAAAAAAGGGGGUAAUAAAUAGGGGCAAAAGGGGGCGACUCCACUUCUGACUUUAACGAUGAGAGUUACUGACACAGUUUGACUACGGGGAUUGCUAGACGUGGAUAGCACCGCACAUGAUAUAUUUCAUACAACACUAUAUACUUG